AUGAAGUCUUUCCUUGCCUUUGGUGUCACCCUCCUUGGGCUUUCCGCUCCCCUCGUCAGUGGAGCAGCCCUCAAAGCCGAGCCCUUGGGUAUCACUCCCGCUGAUGCCCUCGAAAAGCGCCAGUCGUGCGUCAAUGGUCCGACGAGCCGUAACUGCUGGCUCCCCGGCUUCGACGCCAACACCGACAUGUAUUCGAAAUGGCCUAAUACCGGCCGUACCGUCGUAUACGACUUCAGCAUCACCAACACUACCUGCAACCCGGAUGGCAAUGGCGCACGCGUCUGCAUGCUCAUCAAUGGCAAGAUGCCUGGACCGACUAUUAUCGCCAACUGGGGCGACACUAUUAGGGUGACUAUUCGCAACAUGCUGCAACACAACGGCACUUCUAUCCACUGGCAUGGAGUCCGCAUGUUGAACUCCAACAUCCAGGACGGCGUCAACGGUAUCACUGAAUGCGCUCUCGCUCCCGGCGAUGCAAAGAGCUAUCAAUUCAAGGCCACCGAAUACGGCACCUCCUGGUAUCACUCUCACUUCAGUGCUCAGUACGGUGACGGUGUCAUCGGUACGAUCAUCAUCAAUGGCCCAGCUACGGCAAACUACGACAUCGACCUCGGCACGUAUACGCUCCAGGACUGGUACUACAUCACUUCCUACCAGGCUGCUGCUCGCGCCUUCAAUUUUGGCCUAGGUGGAGCACCACCCACUAGCGACAACAUUCUCAUCAACGGCACAAACAAGAACGCCCAGGGCACCACCGGCUCUUACAACAAGGUGACUCUGAAGAAAGGCAAGACCCACCGUCUCCGCCUUGUUAACACAGCUCUUGAUGCCGCCCUCCGCGUCUCCCUCGACGGCCACCCAUUCACCGUCAUCGCUAAUGACUUCGUCCCUAUCGUUCCGUUCACGACCAACUAUCUCAUCGUGGGCAUUGGCCAGCGCUACGACAUCAUCAUCAAUGCCAACCAGACCUCCGGCAACUACUGGUUCCGCGCAACCGCUGAACCAAACUGCCAGAGUACCAGCAACGGCCAGGGGAAAGCAAUCUUCACCUACGAGGGCACCACUGUCGCGGACCCAACCACCAACGCUUGGCCGAACCCUCCGGCGAGCUGCAGCGAUCCCGUCUCGACACCCAAAAUCGCGAAGAAUGUGCCUAGUAACACAUUUGCUACCCAGGCUCAGGAUCUGCCUAUCGGAUUCGGACCGGUGCAGUCAAAUAACCAAAGCUUGAUUCUGUGGACUAUCAAUGGGACUUCGAUGAUCAUCGACCCGGCAAAACCCACCGUGCAGUACGUCGCGGAGAAAAACACCAGCUACCCGGCCUCCUACAACGUCGUGGAAGUCGCUCCUAACGCAGCGUGGACCUACUGGGUAAUCCAACAAGCCGCGGGUGCCCCACCCAUCGCGCACCCAAUCCACCUGCACGGCCACGACAUGUACCUGCUCGGCAGCGGCAGCGGGCAAUUCGACGUCGACGCCAACCUCGCCCAACUGCAAUUUACGAACCCGCCGCGCCGCGACGUCACGCACAUCCGCGGCGGCGGCUGGCUCGUCAUCGCGUACCCGACGGACAAUCCGGGCGCCUGGCUCAUGCACUGCCACAUCGCGUUCCACGUCGCCAUGGGCCUCAGCGUGCAGUUCCUGGAGAGGAAGAGCGAGAUUGCGCUCCCGCAGCGCAAUAGCGAGUGGUACAACACGUGCCAGAACUGGAAGAACUAUCAGCAAAAUAAGCCUGUGUAUCCGCAGGAUGAUUCGGGGUUGAAGAAGAGGUGGCCGCCGGUUGUUGGGGGACUUGGAGCGGAGAUCUAA